AUGGUCAGCAAAAUCAACCUAAUCGACAAACUCGUGCUGUCUAUGGACCCGCUGACCGAUUUCCUGGCUUCCCACAACAUCUCUGCUGCUCAGAUUCGCUCAGAUGCUGACGCACGUCGCCGACAAGCCGCACGUGACGAUGUAGCUGAAGAUGAGAAUGGCAAUGGCGAGUCUUCUGCGGCAGGUGCCAGAUCUGGGCGACGUUCUAGUCGCAACGACAAUGACGAAGCUUCGCUAAAGCGUAAGCGAGAAGAAGAGAAGAAGCUGGCAAAGAUCAAGGAGAGCAAAGCUUUCAAGAAGCGCAAGCAACGAUCAGAUUUAUCUGAUGACGAACUUGCUCGUGCGUUAAUGGAAUCGAACUCUGGCCCUCUGCCUGGGCAGAUAGAGCACUGCGAAAUUUGCGAGAAGCGCUUCACUGUAUCACCAUAUUCGCUUGCUGGCCCUAACGGGGGGCUUCUUUGUCCUCCUUGCGGUCGAGAGGUAGCAAAAGAACGAGAAGGUAACCAAAAGAAGAAGCCGAAGAAGCCGGCCAAUACGGGUCCUGUUGGAAGACGUCGCGCAAUCCAAAGUCGGAUACUUGACGGUGACGUUGGUACCAAGAGCUUGGCUACUCUGUGUGUACAGACUCUGGCCAAGAACGUCGAUCUGGCUGACAGUCUUGGGGACCUUCCUGAUCAUUUGGUCGACAAAAUUGCACGCAUGUUCUCCAAACGUCGACUCCUCAAGCCAGAGACUUUGCCACUUUUCGUCCAGCCCGGCACCGAGGACCUCCACAUCUAUGAUGGCGCAAAGCUUGGUGAACAAGAUUACAUUUCCAUCUUUCAGACGGCUUCGAAACUCAAAAAUCUCAAGAUCCGAUGUGGCAUCCAAUUCAAGGACGAAGUCAUGGAUUACCUCUUGUCCCGUGACAUCAAUCUCGAAACAUUCUACCUUCAUGGAGCCAAUCUUUUGAGCGAUGAGAAGUGGCAUAAGUUCAUCCAGGAGAAGGGCGAGAAGCUGAAGGGCAUCCAAGUCUAUUAUACAGACAAUCACUUUGGAGACGAAAUCAUAGCCACGCUGAGGGAUCAUUGCCCCAACCUCAAGCGACUCAAGGUUGAGAACAACCAAAAGCUGACCAACGACGGUGUCAAAACGAUUGCAAGUUUGUCGUCUCUAGAGCAUCUUGGACUUCAGCUACAGCACAAGACUGAAUCUGACGCUUACAUCGAAGUCGUCUCGAAAAUCGGUGCCAAUCUCAAGACCUUUUCUCUGAAGAUUGUUCCUGAAGUUGACGACACACUGUUGCAGGCUAUUCACGAGCAUUGUCGCUCCCUUUCCAAGUUCCGAAUAACGGACAGCGAGUUUAUGACUGACCAGGGUUUUGUUGAUCUUUUCACCAAAUGGGCCAAUCCCCCCUUGCGCUUUGUGGAUCUCCAGAAAUGUCGCCAGAUUGAUGCAAGUAAACCUCGGGAAAACCCAGAUAGCGUUGGACUCUGCAGUGAGGGCUUCAAAGCGUUGAUGGCCCAUUCGGGUGAGAAGCUUCAGUACCUCAACAUUCACGCUUGUCGUCAUAUCUCACGUGAGGCUUUUGAAGAGGUCUUUCACGAGGAUGCUCAGUAUCCAGAGCUGAAGGAGUUGGAAAUCAGCUUCUGCGAAGAGGUGACCGAUUUCAUUUUGGGGUCCAUCUUCCGAUCUUGUCCCAAGAUCCGAGAGGUCAACGUUUUUGGAUGCAUGAAGGUCAAAGAGGUCCGCGUGCCUCGGGGUGUCAUUCUCGUUGGGGUCCCUAAUGCUCAGGGCAUGAUGGUCGAGGGAUCUUACGAUUAA